CUUGCGUACGCCACUGUCCCAGGUCUAACAACACACUACAGAGCUGAGACAGCGACCACGUUAAACUGUCUCUGAAGUAGACACAGAUGGCCUGAUCCUGACUGAAGAUGGUGAUACUCGAUGUGUUAAUCAUAGGAGCCGGCCCUCAUGCUUUGACCCUGGCUACUUUACUAUCAAACCCCAACCAUGGUCUAAACUCAGACCCUGGUCCUGAUCUCUGGCCCUGCUGCUCAGACUCUCUGAGGCCUCAGAUAAACCCAGAAACAUCCAACAACAAACGCAGCAGCACCAGGAAGAAGAGGAGACACCCUACUGGCCCUACGCUGGAGGAGCGACUAGCAAAGACAAACAUAUCAGAGAGGGUUGCGUCCCCCCCGCUGAAUCUCCUUGUGGUGGAUUCCUACGGCGAGUGGACGACUCUGUGGCAGAGCCAGUUCACAGCUCUGAACAUCCCUCACCUGCGCUCACAUACGCUGGUGCACACGGACCCUCACAGUAAGAAGGCGCUGCAGGAGUUUGCUCUAAAAUCUGACCGAUCGUCUGAGCUUCACAGUCUGCCGGAUCAACUUUACAUUCUGGAUGAAAAUGCUUUUUUCAACGACAUGAGGCUCGGGAAGAAGGAGAAGAGACGUCUGAACAUCACCUCAACAUUGAAGAAAAGUUUAUCCUUCAGUCUGCCAGGAACCAGACUGAGUGUGGAUUUCUUUAAGGAUCAGGUGGAGAGAUACAACUUAGACCAAGUGUUGGUGAAGGGAACAGUGGAGCGAAUCACUCCUGUGACUGAAGACAAGGCAGAGGCUGAAGAGGAGAAUAAAUGGAUAAAAGUGCAGGAGACAGAGGCUGAGGCUGAGACAGUAACUCAAAGGACGAGAGACGGGACAAAGAAGAGGGUGAAAUAUUUCCAAGUCCAACUUCAGGAAGGAACUGUCUUAAAAGCUCGUAGAGUUGUCUUGGCCACAGGUCCUACCCGAGCCCAGAUGGCAAACAUCCCCUCAUGGGUGUCAAACAUCGGAGAGAGCUACCCAGAGGAAAGAUUACAACACACAGUCAACCUCAUGCACCACCUUGCUACCUCUCAGCAGAAAUGUGAAGAUUCAGACUGCCAGACACAGAAAGACGCUUUUCCCACUCCAGAGCUGUGCGUCGUGUGUGAGGCGGGGCAGAGAGUAAUGGUAGUUGGAGGAGGUCUGACCAGCGCUCAUGUCGUCUCGCUUGCUCUGCAGCAGGGUGCCAGCCAUGUGACAUGGGUCAUGAGGAAACACCUGCAGCUGAAGCAGUUUGAUGUGGGUGAUGUGGAGAAUCUGGUGGGUCGUUACUCUCAUGUGGAGCAUGGCAUCAAGAUGGACGGUCAGGCCUACCUGCGACAGUUCUACAAUGAACGGAGUCUACACAAACGGCUGGCUAUGAUCCGCCAGGCAAGAAAAGGAGGAGCCGUCACCCCAGAGGCCUACAUUCAACUACAGCCGUUCAUCCUGAGCGGACAGGUGGAUGUGAAGACAUACUGUCAGGUAGAUGAAGCCAGCUGGUGCUACAGGAGUCAGGCCUGGAGUCUCUCCCUCAGCAACGGGGGACACUGGACUGGAGACAUGAUCUGGCUCGCCACCGGCUGCAAACUUGAUGUCAAACAGGACCCUCUGCUUUCAAAAGUGAUGUGGGAUUUCCCUAUUCAGGUGAUUGAUGGUUGGCCGUGCAUAUCAGAGAGCCUGCAGUGGGCAGAGGAUUGUCCACUUUACCUAAUGGGGCAAUACACCGCUCUGCAGGUUGGACCUCAUGCUGUAAACCUGGCAGGAGGACAGGCUGCCAGCAUGAGGAUAGCAAAGGACAUCAUGCAUUAUCAUCAGCAGCAAAAGGAUUCAGAUGUUUCUGCGUUGGACAGGGAGAAAUCAAAAACUGAGGAAUAUAUUCAACAAAUGCAAGGCCUACUGUGGCUUUAAGUUCAACGUGGAGUCUAAAAAUAAAAUGCAUGUAAGCAGUCAUUUUUUU